AUGGUUUGCCCUACUCUGUCUCUUGCCACCCUCUCGUUGGUAGCCCUCGCCGCCGCCAGUCCCAUCGGCACCAAGUCUCGGCAAACCGGCCAUGGCAAGACCCCGGCCAUCCUUCCAAAGCGUCCUCACUCCGAGGUACGAACCAACAAUGGAAAGUCCAUGACUUCCAAGAUGAUCCCGGGCGUUGGCACCAAUUGGCAAUGCUUCGACUUUGACGAGGACCCGGAUGACGAGAUCCCCGAAGAGGACUUUGACAAUGGGGACUCUGAUGACGACGGAGAACCUGACGACGCGGACUCUGACGACGGCGAGUCUGACGACGGCGAGUCUGACGACGGCGAGUCUGAUGACGGCGAGUCUGACGACCCUGACGACAACAACGAGUCUGAUGACAACGAGUCUGAUGACAACGAUGGAGAUGCUGACGAGGGCUCUGGUGACCCUGACGACAACAACGAGUCUGAUGACAACGAGUCUGAUGACAACGAUGGAGAUGCUGACGAGGGCUCUGGUGACGAGAAUCCAGAUGACGAGAAUCCAGAUGACAACACCAACGACGAGGAUCCUACAGACGAGGAUGGUGAUGAGGACUCUGGUGACGAUGGUGACGAUGAUGCGGGGUCUGAUGAUGAGACAACCUGGCGACGACGGUUCUAG